CCGACGCGGACAAUGCCAGCAACAACCAAGGUGACGGCGGCGUCGGCGAUCUCGCUGCGCCCGAGCUACAAGAACAAGCCUACGACCACCAAAAUGAAGCAAAUCAUAUCGGCCGUGCUGGCCGAGAAGCUCGAGAACGUGCCCUACCAGUCGGAGCGCGCGUCGCAGCUCACAAAGGAGAUUGCCGACGCCGUCAAGGCCCAACUCAAAGCCUGCGAGUUUCCUCGGUGCAAGUACCUCGUGCAAGUCGUCAUUGGCGAGCAGCGCGGCGAGGGCGUCCGCAUGGGGUGUCGCUGCUUCUGGGACGCUGAGACCGACUGCUACGCCACCGAGACGUACACCAAUGAUACGCUGUUUUGCGUCACCACGGCUUAUAGCGUCUACCUGUACUAAGACACGUCAUACAUGUAUAUAUACUGGA